AUGUUCGAAUCACAACCGGGGCCAUCUCGGUCGCCCAGGGGGCUUGCCCUCUUCACAUUUGCAUUGCUGGCUGGCAGUGGCAUUCCGCUUGUCCAAGGUCUCCGGACAACCAGUGGGUCGCCAUGUGCAAGCAUCUGCCACAAGCUAUCUCCCAAUACGACAGCGUCCCAAAUUGCGUGUCUUGAUAGCCAGUUCAACAACGGCAAGGGCAAGGACUUUGAAGAUUGUAUCACCUGCCAGUUGGAAAGCACGUAUGUAGAUCGGUUAAGUGGGGAGACGGACGUGGACUGGGGAUUGUACAACUUGCGGUAUGCGUUCACGUCGUGUGUGUUCGGAUACCCAGAAAUAGCAGCCAACAUCUCAACACCUUGCACGGUCGGAUGUGGAGGCAUUCAAGCCGCCUCCGAGCUCAACCUGUUGGAUCCCAGCGCCGACAACUUCCACAAUUGGUGUGGUUCGACGGGGUUUGCCGACAAUUCCAUCAACAGCUGCGAGUUUUGUUAUAAUCUCACGUAUUCCAUGGGAUACCAACAGGUGUAUAUUGCCAACUUCCUCGAAUCCAUCCGGUAUGAUUGUCACCUGAGAACGGCCGUCGGGUACGUCUUUGGCAUUGCGCCCUCGCGAAUCUUCUCCGAUGUCCUCCUCCCAUCCACACUAUCUCUCGCAACGACUUCCCCGUCCAAACCGGGCCCCAACCUAGGCAUCGUGAUUGCCAUUCCCAUCGUAGGCUUUCUCAUCCUCGUCCUCGGCCUCGCAGGCUGUUGCUACUUCUUCAUCCGAUGGCGACGCAGAAGACGCGCCGGCCGCGGACGACGCCAGAACCCACCUUUUGAUAUGUGGCACGAUCCCUCUCACUUGCAGCCCCAACAGGGCCCAGGCGGAGCGGGAUACUCGCCCCAGAUGUACAGCACGGGUUAUACCGGUCAAGCCCAGAACCCCGAGUAUGGACCAGGAUUUGGCAUCUCGUUCGCAAGUGGCCAUGGUCAGGGACAUUCGCCUAGUGAUGAAGCCAAGAAUUCAUACUCGUACGAGCUUCGAGAGACCUCGCCUUCAGACCUUCAUCCCACCAUGCAAAUAGGUGGGCAUGGGUACGAAGUGGGUAGAAAGACGCCGUACAUGGAUCAGAUCACUCAAUCCCCUUCGUCCCCUUCGGCGUAUGUGUCUCCGCAAGCGGGGGCGGGACACUGGCAGUUUCAGCCUGAUCAAAAGCCGCCUCUUUGA